UUGUACUUAUUAUCUUUUAGGGAUAUCCGUUUAUGUAUAGUGGAAAAUAUACGCUGGCCCAUAAUAGUUAAAUAUAAAUGUCUCAAUGAGAUAACACUACAGGAUAUGUUAGAGUUUGCCGACACUUAUACACAUGAGUUGUAUGUGCAAACUCUAAUGCAGGGUAACUUGACUGAAGAAGCUGCUCAUAAUGUCAUGAAUAACGUCUUGACCACCUUAAAUUGUCAAAAUAUAAAAGAGACAAAAUAUAUUGAAAAUCGUACGGUACAAUUGCCUCAGGGUUCUCAUUAUAUACGUUGCAAUGUUUUAAAUGAAAAAGAUUGCAACACGGUGGUAACAAAUUUCUAUCAAAUUGGUCCUUGUUCAGUGCGUAUUGAAAGUAUUUUAGAUUUGUUAAUGAUGUUUGUGGAAGAACCUUUGUUUGAUUCUUUACGAACUAAAGAACAAUUGGGCUAUUAUGUGGCUUCAUCGGUGCGCAUAAAUUACGGCAUUGCCGGCUAUUCCAUAACCGUCAAUUCACAAGAGACUAAAAACUCUUGUGCUCAUGUAGAAGAACGUAUUGAAGCGUUCCGUGGUAAAAUGUUACAGAUACUAGAUGAAAUGUCUCAAGAGGAAUUUGAACAUGUAAGAGAAUCUUUAAUUAAAAUUAAACAAGUCGUCGAUAUGUCUUUGACGGAAGAAGUUGCCCGCAAUUGGGGUGAAAUUACUUGUGAGGAAUAUUUAUUCGAUCGUAAACGUAAAGAGGUGGAGGUAUUACGUACUUUGGGCAAACAGGAAAUCAUUGAUUUUUGUCUCAACAAUGAACGUACAAAUCUAAGAAAAUUAUCCAUACAAGUUAUAGGCCAUACCAACGGAAAGUGUAAUGAAGCUUUAGAAGCCGAUAUGGAAACAGACAAUGCUGCUGAAACGGAGGAGACAAACGAAAAUGAAGACGAUGAAAUGGAUGAUGAAGAGGACAAUGAGGAGUUAUUUAAUGCUUUGGCCAAUAAAUUAGAUUUGAAAUUUAUACCACGUGAAGGUGAUGCCACUACUAUUGUGGAUAUCAAUGAUUUUAAGGAAAAUUUACAUGUUUAUCCCAUAACAAAAACCAAACUGGAGACACCGUCCAUUGAGGGGGAUAAUACUGAUAGGGCUACACCUACUGCUGGCAUGGAUAUCAUAGAGGAUUGUUAAAAUUUUGACAAUGUAUCUAGCUAUGUUGUGAAUU